AUGGUUUCGCUUCCCUUUUCGCUUGGUAACCCAGCCACUUUUGCUUUCAAUCGUAAUUCUUCUUCUGCUUUAUGCUCCCCUCAUUCCCCUGUCUUUGCAUCCACACAGAACACACGCAUACACACCUCCCCUCUUCAAUCAUUCGACGGUGCAACCCAACGGUUGAUUUUUGUGCCAAGGACAAUGACGCAAGGAAUGCAUCGCCGGCAGAGUGAACACACACAAAGGAGAUGCUGGGCAGUGUACAGCACUAUCAAUACAUGUUGGCGCGAACAAGUAUUUCGACAACAGGGAAAGAGGGGUACAUAUGCAGAGAGAUCAAACAUUAAGGAACGGACUGCACUCUGCGAGUCAGUAGUCGCAGGUGCUCAGGAGAGGCAUAAGUCAUCAUUCGCUGAAUCAAUCGUUCGAGAGGCGUUAAUAAAAGUCGUAAGAUGGUAUACAUCGUAA